AUGCGACCAUUCUUUUCAUCUUUAUUUUUGCCUUCGGUCGUAGCGCUUGUGAUCUCACCUGCUGCUUCUGUUUCUGGUACAAUUGGGCAACCAGACUCUCAAAAUCAAUUAUCCGAUAAGAUCACACAGCGAUCUUCCCCACAUGGAUUCCUCAAUUCACAAAAUAUACCUCUCCAUGAUGCGUCGAAGAACCAACACAGUGCAAAUCAAGUUCUUAGCGGGCGAGAUAUUCAGGACGAUCUAGUUGCUAUGUGCGAGACCGGCUUUGUCUCCAGCUGUGAAGAAGCAAUCGAGCAAGCAAGCAAAAAGAACCAAGACAAGGAUAUGCUUCCACCCCUACCACCAUCACACCCUGAAGCCGAAGUCGAAGCGGAUUCUUCAGACAAUGAAUAUUCGUCUCAGCCGCCGAAAAGCCAAAGCUGCGAUAUUUGGAUACAGUCGUAUGAUCCGCCUUACCUUUCACCGAAUGCCAUUUCCCAGAUAUGCUCUACAGGUGGGGAAGAAAUCGAUUUCAAAGGCACAGUUUUGGAAUGUUUUGAUCACACAUAUGAUGAUAUCGUGGAGAUCAGCGAGGCAAUCGACCGGCAUUGCUCUUCAAUGCCCAACAUUUACCGCACGCGCUCGUGCUGGUCGAAGCUAUGUGAUUCCUUGCACUUGUUUUUCAUAGUACUCAGCGUUUUUCUCAGUUUGUCAUGGCUAUAUAUUAGGAGUCUUCGAUGUGGGGAUCGACUUGAUCAAAAUGUGGUUAUGGAAAGCGAGGUGUACUCAGACGAUCAGGACAUUUUGCUAGACGAGACUUCUCUCCCGAGCGAAGUCAAGAGCUUGAACCUUCAAGUUGUCAGUGGAAGCCGCCAUCAAGACUAA